AUGGAGCAGGUACAGGUUGAACAUUAUAUCCUCCUUUAUCAGGUAUACAAUCACACAGUGGACCUAGUGAAUACGUUUACACAAAUUAGCUUUAUUUGGAUGAGCAGUAAUAAUUACUGCUGUAUUAUUAUUAUUAUCAUUGCCAGUAUUAGCAGGUGCUAUAACUAUGAUUUUAACAGAUAG